AUGCCUGAUCAAGCUUGUAACAACGCCAGCCUGUGUAUGCUACUUGAAGAUCUUCAGUUUAUAUACCGUGUGGAGACGACAGUUCUAGUUGAGAAAUAUGUGUGUGCAAAAACUGCUAGAAGUAGACGACGAAUCCUAGACAGAGCGAGACGGUACAGCGUGAUAAAAAAGAUCCCCGAACAAGUCAAGUAUCUGGACAAACUCGCCCAUGUGACCGACGCAGAUUGUGUAGCAAAUCUGAGAAUGGAUCGUAACACCUUCGCUAAGUUAUGUCGGAUCCUACACGCAAGGGGUGGACUGAGGAUAGGAAAAACCUUAGGUGUUGAGGAACAAGUCGCAAUGUUUCUGGGUGUACUCGCACAUCAUAACAAGAACCGUGUGGUUAAGUUCCAUUUUGCACAAUCUGGUGCAACUGUCUCACAAUGCGUGCACAAAGUGCUUGCUGCAGUGCUGAGCCUACACUCGGUAUUGCUAUCAAAACCCACCCCCGUACCCUCUGACUGUACAGAUCACAGAUGGAAAUGGUUCACGGAUUGUCUUGGGGCAUUGGACGGUACCCAUAUCAAUGUGCUAGUCAGCAACGAAGAUAAACCUCGGUAUCGCACAAGGAAGGGGCAGAUAGCGACGAAUACCCUCGCUGUUUGCGAUCGCAACAUGCAGUUCGUGUACUUCUUGCCAGGAUGGGAGGGGUCAGCCGGAGACUCGCGCGUUCUAAGGGAUGCAGUAUCCCGAAAUAAUGGUUUCAAGGUCCCCCAAGGGUGUUACUACUUAUGUGAUAAUGCGUAUGCCAACUGUAACGGAUUUUUAACCCCCUACAGGGGGGUUCGGUAUCAUCUAAAAGAGUGGGAAGUAGGUACAGAAAAGCCACAAGACCCUAAGGAAAUGUUUAAUAUGAGGCACACCAAAGCUAGGAACAUUAUUGAGAGGGCAUUUGCAGUAUUUAAGAUGCGGUGGGGCAUACUUCGUAGCGCAUCUUUUUAUCCAAUUCAGACACAAAUUCGCCUAAUUAUGAGCUGUUUUUUACUUCACAACUUCAUUCGCCAAGAGAUGGAUGUAGACCCUAUUGAAGUUAAGCUUGACUACGACGAGCCUGCUAUUUUACCUGAAGAAGACAGCAUAGGCGUCGACUACGUUGACAGCGUUGAGCCAUCUGCUCAAUGGACGCAGCUUCGGGAUGCACAUGCGCUAAACAUGUGGAAUAAUAGUUGA